AAUAAUAUUUCGAUAGAUUCAAUUAAUCGAAAUUCAAAAGCUAAAAUUUUAAUAACGAUGAAUAACUCGAUUAAUUCGUGUUCUUCGAUACCUUCGGAUGAAGGAAGUAUUAUAUUAGAAUCAUCUAACAAGUCGAAGAAGCGAGCGGCCGGGAGGAAGAAGUUCAAGGAAACACGUCACCCGGUGUUUCGAGGCGUGAGAAAGAGAGACAAUGACAAGUGGGUUUGCGAAAUUCGCGAACCCACUAAACAAAAGCGAAUAUGGUUAGGUACGUACCUAACCGCGGAAAUGGCUGCACGUGCUCAUGACGUAGCUGCAUUAGCGCUUAAAGGAGAAUCAGCCAAGCUAAAUUUUGCGGACUCCGCUUGGCGUUUACAAGUUCCGGUGUCUAAGGACCCGAAAGAGUUACGCCAAGCGGCUGCUAGAGCCGUUGAGGCGUUCGAGACGGUGAGGGAAGUAGCACCACAAGAGAAUAAUAUCGUAGUAGACUGUAAUAUGAUGGUCGAUGAAAAUGACAAUAGUAACUCACGUGGGAUAGAGGAAUGGGUUGCAAAUAUGGAAGAGGAAAGUUUGUUUUCACCAAAUCCAUGUUUAUUUGGGAGUCAUUUCAAUUGGGAUGAUCAUGUGGAAAGUGAUGUUGAGGUGUCCUUGUGGAAUUAUACUAUUUGAUCUCACAUGCAAUCAGGGGCGGAGCUAUAAUGUCAUAUAUAGUUAAAGUGAACCUAUAGUAGAUGGUUUAGUGGUAUAUGUGCGGCUUAUACAAAGUCGUUAUGAUCUAGCUUAAAAUUUAAAACUUGUAAUAUUGAGAACUCACAAACCAUAAGAGUUGUUUCAAGUUUGAUAUAAUAAAAACGCAUA